AUGGCGACUGCUGAUCUGAGAGACGAGCUGAGCUGCUCCAUCUGCCUGAGCGUUUAUACCGAUCCGGUAACCCUGCCCUGUGGGCAUAACUUCUGCCAUGGCUGUAUUGGGGGGCUGCUGGAUACCCAGGAGGGGUCGGGGGGUUAUUCCUGCCCUGAAUGCAGAGCAAAGUUUCAGGAGCGCCCUGCCCUACAGAGGAACACAACUCUGGGUAACUUAGCAGAACUAUUCUUUUCUACUCACCCAGAGCAUGAUGGGACUGGGAUCUACUGCACUUACUGUAUUAACUCUCCGGUACCUGCUGCUAAAUCCUGUAUCCUGUGUGAGGCUUCUCUGUGCGAUGCCCACGUGAGGGUCCAUAGCAAGUCUGCAGAACAUGUACUGACGGAACCCACCGCCCUGGAGAACAUUAAAUGUUCUGUACAUCACAAGUUUCUGGAGUAUUACUGCUGUGAGGAUGGGGCCUGUAUCUGUGUGUCCUGCUGCCUGGCCGGGGAGCACCGGGGCCACAGGGUGGAGCUGCUGAGUGAGGCCUCUGAGAAGAAGAAAGAAACACUGAGGAAAGUUCUGGAGAACCUGAGCCCAGAGAGAGAGGAGACUGAGAGAGGAGCCCAAAGGCUGCUGGAGAGCUGGAGAGAAGUGGAAGAAAAAGCAGCCGCUGAGACAGAGAGAGUCACUGCCCUGUUUAGGGGCAUCAGGGAAGAGCUGGAAGCCCUAGAGAAGCGACUCCUGAGUGACAUCUCCAGGCAGAAAGAGGAGCUUUUUAUCCAACUCCAUGACCUGAUCCAACAGCUGGAGAUAAAGAGGGACGAGCUGUCCAGGAAGAUCCGUCACAUUGAGGAGCUGUGCAACAUGGCAGCUCCACUCACUGUCCUACAGGGACAAUGGGAAUCCCUUGCCUUCUGUGGGGCUGAGGGGGCAGAUACUGAGGGCAGAGAGAGGGAGGGUAUAAAGGUCCUGGCUGUAGGGGAUCUGGAUAUGGACCUGGUCUUUGGCACAUUAACUAGAGGCCUCGCUGGCAUUGGGGCUGGGAUUAAAGGAAAGAUCUAUGGACAUGAAGCUACAAACCUGUUACUGGAUACAGACACACUGGGGAAAUACGUAUCAGUAUCGGGGGGCAGGAAAUCGAUAUCCCAUUCCCGUACCGACCAGCAUCGCCCCCCAACCCCGGGAAGGUUCCAGCGCUAUCCUCAGGCUUUAACCUCCCACAGGUUCAGAUCAGGGCAACAUCACUGGGAAGUGGAGGGGAGUAAAUUGGGGGGCUGGGGGGUAGGAGUGGCCUAUCCCAGUAUAGAGAGAGGGGGGUACGAUUCCUUCCUUGGGGAUAAUGACAAGUCCUGGGCUUUGUACCGAUGGGAUAAUAAAUACUCAGUGAGAUAUAACAGGGGAGAAACCCAGUUACCCCACAUCCCUUAUUGUGGGAAAAUCAGGAUCUCAUUGGACUAUGAGGCCGGACGCCUGUCCUUCUAUGAGCUGAGUGAGCCAAUCAGGCACUUACACACCUUCUCCGCCUCCUUCGCUGAGCCCCUACAUGCGGCAAUUGGGGUAUGGAAUGAUGCCUGGGUGAGAAUCAUGAGUUAGGGCCCUGCCCAAUGCCCCCCAGGAACGCCAUUCCCAGAGCCACACGUGGCCCUAACAUGGUAGGGAUGGAAGUCAACGCCUCCUUCACUGAGCCCCUUCAUGCUGCAU